AUCGCGAGUAUCCCAAUUGACAACCAACAUCAUUUAACGAGUCGAUUAUCCAUUAUGUCAUCCGGCAGCGAACCUUCUGGUACUCAGUCAUCAUAUGCAUCCCGCUUCGAGCAACCUGCUGCCGAUCAGCAACCUUCCGGACCCGAUCAGGUCGCAGACUCGCAGCUUCUAGCAGAUUCCCAAGCAUGGCUCGAGGCACAUGCGUCUAACUCUGUUGGACCUGGUGUUCCUCAAGGUUCUGGAUCGCAGCAUCCUUCCAACUCUGGUCAGCUUGCCGAUUCUCAGCCUCCUGCGGAUUCUCAAAGACAGUCAGAAGUGAAACCGUUCAGUAAGGAGGAUACGGAUCGCUUGGUUGCAUUAUCUCGCCGUCAGAAAGCUUCAGAAGUCCAGGAACGACCCGAGUCUCAAACCUCUACUUUAAGAGAGCGGGAAUCAUUUGUUGUCAUCGAGUCGCUUGGAGAGCUCGUCAGUCUAGCAGAACAACAUCCGAAAAAUGGCCUACCAUUUCGACACUUAGUUGACAUCAAUAAAUGUCUUAAUAAGCCCUCGAACUUGCUUCGAUACCAUAUCAAUUUUGUCCUUCGCCGUACAACCACUUAUUAUCCGCCUUUCGGGACCGCCAAUAAUCGCGUUCGCGCCAAUUUGAAGCCAAUGGAGGACAAUUUGAAAGAUCUGCCAAACCCGCAGAUCGAUACAGCUUGGCAAGAGGCACGAUUGAUUGCACAAAUUGAGAGAUAUCAUCAACGGAAGAUCGAUGCUCCCAGAUUCUUGGCAGAAUGUAUCAAGGCUGGGGUGACGGACUACAUACUCUUUGUUGAAGGAAAGAUGAUUGUAUACAUGGGUGCUAAAGGCGAACGAUACGAGGAGCAUUUUCCGGAUGCUGAAACUCCCAACCCAGAAACUCCCGACCCAGCACGUAAGAGGCGUAAAACCAACAGCAACUCCAAAUGCACCGUCAAUUGAAAUACAUGCAUGUCUUGAGUGCCAGAAUUCUGUGUAGGCAGGAAUUAUGGGUCGGAUGCUUUCGAUCAUGCAGCAGCUGCUGGUCUAUUUGGAGAACCAGAGUAUGGGCAAACACAUCAAUCUGAGUCUUUUCAAGGCAUACUCGACUGAUUGCCACUUGCACGUGAAAGUAAAAUUUUGCUGCAAGUCAAAAGCUCCGGAUAUCUUUGUAUUGGGAGUGCCCUAAGGUACUCGGAGUUGUUGUAAGGAGAGACUUUUGAAGCCUACGAUGUGUAACAAAAUUUCACAAGUUUAUAGCGACUAAUGGAUGGCAGCAU